AUGUUGGAACUCCUCUCUGUUCUAUUGAAACCCUUGGUACUUUUAGCCGCUCUCAACCAACCUUCUGACAGCUCUGAAUCUAAGAGCAAGGUCAAGGAGCUGGAGGUAUUUGAUGGUCCUUCGGACCCCCGAAAGCUCAAAACAUUCUUCGUCAAUCUUGCCCUGGUCUUCAAUGACCAUCCAAAGUAUUUCACUGAUCAGCAAAAGGUAAGCUAUACUCUCUCCUACCUCAGUGGCUCAGCCAAGGAGCAGUUUGUGCCUGACAUCCUUGAUUCAGAUCUUGAUUCUCUGCCCACCUGGACAUUCUUGUUCAAAGCCCUUGUAAAAGAGCUUCAGGACAAUUUUGGCAUUUACGAUACUCAAGGCAAGACCAAGGAUUCCCUUGGUAAUCUCAAAAUGAAGGAAACUAAGAACAUCCAGAAGUACAACAUCCAUUUCAACACUCUGGCUGCCAGUACCAACUGGGAUUCUGCUGCCCUGAAAUGGGCUUAUGGAUGA